UGGAGAGCGGACGACGUUAUUUUAAGCGGCCCAUACCAGGAUUUUCGUCAUUCCGGGCGUAAACCAGGCUGUCGAGGGAGAUCAAGACAUUGCAGUAUUACACAAAUAGCUGUCGAAGACGAAAAUGGCGAGUUCCCAAACAAUCUUCAACGGCGCCAAGAAUUUCAUUAAAGCCGAGAGGGGUCCUGACGGAAAAUAUCUGCCGGUGUUGAAUAAGGAGGCGCUUGAUGAAUUAAAGCAAGUCACUCAGAAACUUGUGGUCGUUUCGGCUGUUGGAGCUUUCAGAACUGGCAAAUCCUAUUUACUGAAUAGGUUGUCCAAAAUGGCUCGUGGGGCAAGGUUUACAGUUGGCCACAAGUGCGAGCCUCAAACCAAGGGGUUGUGGCUGAUGAUAAUUGAUCAUCCAAGCUUAACUGACUGCAAGCUUGCUCUGCUGGACACAGAAGGCGUCGGCGAUACGAAAAAGGGUGACACGCAACAUGACGCGAUGCUUUUUGUUCUUACCUGCCUUCUGUCCGACACCAUGAUCUACAAUGGAUCAAAGGCAAUUGACGAAGUUGCAUUUGAGAAGCUGAACUUUACUGCUGAAAUGUCGAAGUACUUAGUUUCGAAAGCAAAGAAAGAAGGAGAUGAUGACAACUUCCAUAAGUUCUUCCCAGAGUUGGUAUACGUCGUUAGAGAUUGCCACAUUAACCUGGAAGAGAACGGGAGGGAAAUCACGGCAGACGAGUACUUCGAGAGUACCUUGGCUGUUGAUAACAAUGAUGACAAGACAGGGCAGAGGGCGAAGACACGGAAUUCAAUCAAGAAGUACUUUCCGCGAAGGAAAUGUUUCACCUUGGAUAUACCAGCAGCCAAAAGGAGUGUAUUGUUAAAGAUGGACACUGUUGCCGAUGAUCAACUGAAUGAGGACUUCAUCGAAACCAUGAAUAAAUUGCUUGUGUACAUCUUAUUUCAGAGCAAGUCCAUGGCGUUGCAGGAUGGAAGACGAAUAAAUGGCCGUCAGGUAGCCAUGUUGAUCGAGACUUACGUCAAAGAUGUUCCAAAUAUCUCCUCGACGCUGGAAAACCUAAAGGCAGAGGAAAACAGGAGAGCGCUUGAACAAGCCGAAUCGCUAUACGGCCAAGCUAUGGAUAGUUUUAAACACAAAAUGCCAACUGAGUCAAUGGACGACGUUGAACAUCAGCACAAAGCCAUAUUGAAAGCGAUGUCAGCGCAGAUAUAUGCAGAUGUUAUACUCGAGGACGAUGAAAUAAAAGAGUUCAUCAAAGUACUUGAGAAAACUCUCAACGCGAAGAAAAUAUUCUACAUCGAAGAAAACGAACGUCUGUCGAAGGAGAAGUGUGAUACUACACUCCAGGCUUUUUAUAGACAGCUACAGGCCAAGAUGGUCAAUGAGUACAAUCGUCCUGGGGGUUACCAGGAAUACCGUACUGACAUGAGCAACUUGAAGGACAAGUACAGACAGAUGAGUGGAUUGGGCGUCAUGAGAGAAAGAAAAUUGUUAGAAUUCCUGGAAGAGAAGAGGGCUGAAGAAGACGUUAUCCUGGCCAUGGACAAUGCACUCACUGAAAACCAGAGGCAGCUCGAAGAGCAAAAGCGGAAGACCGAGCAAGCCAAAAGAGAAAAGGAAGGACUUGAAAUGCAACGACGUGAAGAAAAGAGGAAUGCCGAAUUAUUGGAAGACAGACAAAAACGAAAUGAAGAAAUGAUGUCCGAUAUGAGGCGCGAUUUGAAAGACGAGGCAGAGAAGAGGCUCCAAAUGGAAGAGGAAUACACUAGAAUGAAGAUGGAGCACAUUAACAUGCAGGAGAAACAGGCUGUAGAUUUCGAGAGAAAUGCCGAAUUUAAAAAAGAAAAAGAGAUGGAGGGCGUCGUCGAUGGUGUACUUAAAGGUAUUUCUGUUUUCGCCAGAUUCAUCGCUAGUGCAGCAGGAAGCGAUAGUGAUGACAACAGUGAUUAAAGAUAAUUCGAACUGUGCCUUCUGUGACCACGCAUCACGCGCAGCAAUAAGUCUGUAUAAAAUACAAGUAAAGGACGAAAUCAGCGAUUGUAAUUGGUACCAGAGGUUACCUCACGUACACGGUGUAUAUUGUCGAAUUUUGCUUAUUGUUAAAAAAAGACCCAUCGAAGACAUGUAUAAUCUCUCGCAUCGUGUGACAGUUUAUCACGUCUGCAGUAUGUUUGAUAUGGUGAUUAAGCACACGUUCUUCCGCAAGAAUUGUAAUGUAUAACUUCUUUAAAUUUAUUGGAUCACGUUAUAAAACCUAUAUACCUAUAUGGAUCCAAAAUUUGGUGCCCAGAAAAUUAUUUCAAGAAAAAUCCAAUCUGUUGAGACAAUAUUUUGGGUGCAAACCUUUACAAGCAGCCUGCAGACAAACUGAACAUAUAAUUUUUGUAAAUAUUUAUUAGGCACAUCUAAGAAAGCCUGCAACAUAGCUGUAUUGGGCGAAAAAGGGAGAUUAUCGCUUUGAAUGGACUCAAUAACCGCUUCUUUCUGAUAUUACCAACAUGUUUUAAUGUCAAAGAAUGAUCUUCUUCCUGAGGCACUAAACGAAUCCAUUGCAAUAGGCAACUCUAAAACAUUUUCUUGGUAUUCAUUUAUUAAAAAUAUAGCAAUUUCUCUCAACAUUAAUCUAUCAUCAUUUAACCCUAAACUUGUCAAAGAAAAAUUGAGACAGAAAUGUGUAGCUCACUGGAAGAAUAACAUCAGCACCACUCGUAUGCAAGGAGGCAAGCUUGAGCUUUAUUCUAAAAUAAAAAAAAACAUUUUCAAUAUUGUGACAAUAUUAGGAAUUGCUUGCUAUAUCCAUAAUUAGGUAUACGGUAAAAAAGGUACAGGAAAAAAAGGUACGGAAAUAAAGGUACAGGAAAUAAAAGUACUGGAAAUAAAGGUACCGGAAAAAGGUUUCAGAAUAUUAUUCUCUUCAACUGGUUCAGACUCGGCCUAUGUCUUAAUCUUGUCUUGCCCAUUUUUCUUCUUCUGUGACUAAGGUGGUGCCUUAAAAUAGUUUAAUACAUUGCGGACAAUUUUGUUACGGAAAGAAUUUGAGGAAAAUUCAUGGAAGAAGUUGCCCAACAGGGGAGCUGACGGUUUUUUUUGGUAAUAACUGCAUGCACAUUCAUGUUCUUUUAAAUUUUAAAAUACUCGAGUCGUAUUCUUAUUAGGGGCAGAUCCAGGAUCUUGGGAAAGGGGGGUGGGGGCGCACCUGGCAUCCUACCUGGCAUUUCACAUUAAGAUUCUCGCCAAUUUCCCUAAAAAGCUUGUGUUUGGUCUUAAAUCUAAUAAUUUGUCUGUUAAGACUUAAUUGGCCAGGCACAAUGUUAAUUGGGUCCAGCCCUAUGAUGAAUGUUAAUUGAUUAAUUGCAAUUUAACUUGAACAUUGGUACAUUUACCGGUUAACUCUUUUGCAGAGGAAAUUGUCCUAGAAUCUUUACAAUCAUCAUGAUCUUGAUCGCCGUGUUUUCACUCUUGAAAACCAUAACGGUAUACUGGAAAUUUGAUAUACCAAUUUCUGUGGCCUAUGCAAUGCCUACGCACCAAAUAAAGUUAAAGUUAUGAAUAGAAAAAGGGAGAAUUCAAAUGAUAUUUAAAAAAAAAAUUGUGUACCUUUUUUAUCUAUUUAUGCCAUUUUGUGUACCUAUUUUUCCAGUACCUUUUUUCCGGUACUUUUAUUUCCGGUACUUUUAUUUCCAGUACCUUUAUUUCCUGUACCUUUAUUUCCGUACCUUUUUUUCAUGUACCUUUAUUACCUAGAUUCCUAUAACUAUUAUUUCUGUGUUUCUCCAACGUACUCUCUACUAUACAACAGUAGAGCAUUUCACUGUUGUCGAUAUCGCAUUAAACAGUGAACAUUCUACUGUUUGUUUGCUUUUGCGCACAUUCUCUGCGCAACGAAGAAUACAAUUAAAUAUUCUGGAAUAUUGUUGAAUGACCACAUGUUUUUAAUUUGUACUAUAUAUAUAGUUUUUGACUGUAGCCGAAUAGAUAA